AUGUCGGCUGCUACCGGAAGUGAUGCUCUCAAUGCAAGCAUAGACACCACAGCUGAAGUCAUUCAACCUCAGACCAAACCUUGGUACAAAACACCGAACCCGUUGCGGUGGGGCGGCAUCCCGCCUAUACCUGACGAGCGUAUCGUGUCGCCCGAACACAAGGCCGGAUAUCUCAGCAUGUUGACCUUUUCCUGGAUAACGCCCAUGAUGGCUGGCUAUAAACGUCAACUUGUCGAACGUGACAUUUGGAAAGUGAAUCCGGACAGAGCGGCUGACCUUUUGACCAACAAGGUCAAGGACGUAUUUCAGCAACGAGUGAAGGCUGGGAAAGAAAGACCACUCAUUGGAGCCUUGUAUGAGACUUUUAAGCUCGAGUUCUGGCUCAGUGGUAUUUACGCCAUGAUAUACUAUACUGUUCAGAUCCUGACUCCUUUCGUCCUGCGGUACCUCAUUCAGUUUGCCACAGAUGCUUACAGAGCUCAAUCGCAGCAUCAAGCCACGCCACCAAUAGCGCAUGGCAUCGGUCUUGUCAUUGGAAUCCUCGUCAUGCAGAUCGUCCAGAGUGUAACUGCUAGCCAAUACUUCUACAAGGGCAUGAUGCUCGGUGGCCAGAGUCGUGGUGUGCUUACUGGUUUGAUCUAUGAGAAGUCCAUGACAAUCUCUAGCCGCGCCAAAGCAGGUGGAAGCUCACAUACUAUAACGCCUGAAGCCGACGUCACCGAUGCAACCACCAAUGGGAAAUCAAAUAGCAAGAACUCAAAGACGGGAAGAGACCAAAAGAAGAAGAAAGACGAUUCCGAAAAUGAUAUUGGAUGGACUAAUGGACGCAUCUCGACGCUCAUGAGCAUUGAUACGAACCGUAUCGAUUCAUUCUGUACGGCGCUGCACUCGCUCUGGGCUACGCCACUCGCUUGCAUCAUUACACUGGUUCUUCUUUUAAUCAACUUGUCGUACAGCGCUAUCGCGGGCUUUGCGCUCCUCGUUAUUGGCGUGCCUCUUUUCACGGUAACCCUUCGGAGCUUGUUAAAUCGACGAAGGGCUAUCAAUAAGAUCACCGAUCAACGCAUGUCGCUUACGCAAGAGAUUGUUCAAUCGGUGCGCUUCGUCAAGCUAUUUGGUUGGGAGCCAGCCUUCCUAGACCGCUUAGAGCAGAUCCGCAUGAAAGAAAUAUACGCUAUUCAGUCACUGCUCGCUGUUCGGAACGCGAUCAACGCGGUCAGCAUGUCUCUUCCCAUCUUUGCAUCCAUGCUGUCUUUCAUCACCUACUCGCUCACAAACCAUGGAUUGGAACCCGCCCAGGUUUUCUCCUCGCUGGCUCUGUUCAACAGUCUGCGGCUCCCUCUGAACCUUCUGCCUCGUGCUCUUGGUGAUGCCACUGACGCAUGGUCCUCUCUCAAGCGCAUUGAAUCCUUUAUGCUGCAGGAAGACAGGGAAGAAGUCAUGACUUGGAAGCCUGAAGGAGAACAUGCCAUCGAGCUACGAAGCGCGAGUUUUACACGGGAGAAGACACACAGGCAAGAGCAAGACGGAAGCCAAGACCCUGCUCAAGUAAAGGACAAGAAACCAAAACCGGACGCUGAGAAAUCUGGAGGUAAUGAAUCUACGGCCUCGUCCGACGAUACCGCUGUCAUCGACGAGCGGGAACCCUUUCAGCUGCAGGAUGUGAACUUUAAGGCUGGUCGUAACGAGUUGAUUGCUGUUAUUGGUACUGUCGGUAGUGGCAAAACCUCGUUGCUGGCCGCCUUGGCAGGUCACAUGCGCAAGACCAAUGGAGACGCGAUUUUUGGCGCAUCAAGAGCCUUUUGUCCCCAAUAUGCAUGGAUUCAGAAUACUUCGCUGCAGAACAAUAUCACUUUUGGGAAGGAGUUAGAUGAGGAUUGGUACAGAAAGAUCAUUGACGCCUGCGCACUUCAACCUGACUUGGACAUACUUCCCCAUGGUGACCAAACCGAGAUUGGCGAGCGAGGCAUCACCAUCUCUGGAGGUCAGAAGCAGCGCCUUAAUAUCGCAAGAGCCAUCUACUCUGAUGCUGAUAUUAUAUUGAUGGAUGAUCCCCUUAGUGCUGUUGACGCUCACGUGGGACGUCACAUCUUCGACAAGGCUAUUCUUGGCUUGCUUAAAGGCAGAUGCAUCGUCUUGGCCACACAUCAGCUCUGGGUAUUGGAUCGUUGUGAUCGCAUUGUCUGGAUGGAAGAUGGCAAGAUUCAAGCCACCGAUACUUUUGAGAACCUGAGGAACAACCAAGAAGCCUUCCGGACCCUAAUAGAAACAACUUUUGCCCAAAAGGACAAUCAGGCAGAGGAAGAUGUAAAGGCAGAUGUUGAAGCAGAUAUCGAAGAUAUUAUGCCCGACACUAAUGCUACGGAUCGCAAGAAACAGGAGAAGGACCAAAAAGCCACACCUUUGAUGCAGCAAGAGGAUCAGGCCAAGGAUUCAGUACCGUGGUCCGUCUACGGAGCAUAUAUACGCGCUUCUGGAACGAUGUGGAAUGCGCCUCUUAUUCUUCUACUCUUGGUAUUGUCUCGAGGAUCUAGCAUAGUCACUGGUCUUUGGCUUUCUUUCUGGAUAUCAGACAACUUUCGACAAUCCACUGAUUUCUAUAUUGGUCUCUAUGCCGGCCUUGCUGUUGUACAAGCACUGCUACUGUUCGCUUUUUCGCUUAUGCUAUCCGUCGCGGCAACAAAUGCUAGCAAAGCGAUGUUUCGGCAAGCGAUGACUCGAGUCUUACGCGCGCCGGUUUCUUUCUUUGAUACAACACCUCUCGGCCGCAUCGUCAAUCGCUUUUCAAGUGAUGUUGACAUUAUGGAUAACAACCUAGCAGAUUCCAUGAGGAUGCUUUUCAUCACUCUGAGCUACGCCUUUUUUGUUUUCAUCCUCAUUACAGCCUAUUACUACUAUUUUGCUAUUGCAUUAGUCCCAUUCUACCUCUAUUACAUGGGAGCUGCAUCAUACUAUCGUGCAUCAGCACGUCAGGUCAAGCGCUAUGAGUCGGUCUUACGAUCUAAAGUUGUCGCGAAGUUCAUUGAGGGACUCAGCGGUGUGGAAACUAUCCAGGCUUACGGUCUUAAAGACCAAUUCGUCAACGACCUUCGUUCGUCGGUCGAUACGAUGAAUGCUGCCUACUACAUAACUUUCGCCAAUCAACGAUGGCUCACUAUGCGACUUGAUGCUAUAGGCAACUUGCUCGUCUUUGCUGUCGGUAUUCUUGUGGUUACCUCACGAUUUAGUGUAGACCCCUCGAUUGGCGGUCUUGUACUAAGUUACAUCCUCUCCGUCGUUCAAAUGCUUCAGUUCUCUAUCCGGCUGCUCUCGGAAGUGGACAAGGGGAUAAACUCGGUCGAGCGCCUACGCCACUACGGCGAAGAACUUGAGGAAGAGGGUCCUUUACAUACCAUUGCUAUACGUGAGAGUUGGCCCGAGAAGGGCGAGAUCAUCUUCAACAACGUCGACAUGCGGCAUCGGCAAAAUCUACCUCUCGCCUUGCAGGGAUUAUCUAUCCAUAUCAAAGGCGGUGAGCGCGUGGGCAUUGUUGGUCGUACUGGUGCGGGCAAGUCGUCGAUCAUAAGCGCUCUGUUCAGACUAGUGGAAAUAUCCGGAGGCUCCAUUACGAUUGACGGCAUCGAUGUUUCUCGGAUUGGGCUAUUUGACCUACGAUCCCGGUUGACUAUUGUUCCGCAGGAUCCCGUGUUGUUCCAAGGCACUGUCCGUAGCAACCUUGACCCGUUUCAGAAGCACACGGAUAUGGAACUUUGGUCUGCUCUACGGCAGACUGGUCUGAUACCAGCAGACGCAAACUUCGAAGAACGCAGAGAUGAAGGUCAUCGGGUUCAUCUUGAUAGUGUCGUGGAACAAGAUGGGUUGAACUUCUCACUAGGCCAGCGACAGCUCAUGGCUCUAGCAAGAGCUUUAGUGCGUAAUUCUCAAAUCAUCGUAUGUGACGAGGCCACCUCAAGCGUGGAUAUGGAGAGUGAUGAGAAGAUACAACUCACAAUGGCAGCCGGUUUCCGUGGGAAGACCGUGCUUUGCGUUGCACAUCGUCUCCGAACCAUUAUAGGGUACGAUCGAAUUUGCGUUGUGGACGCUGGGCAGAUCGUACAGCUGGACACCCCCGCAAACCUCUAUCGUCAAGAUGGUGGCAUCUUUCGCGGUAUGUGCGAGCGUAGUGGCAUCCGGCCCGAAGAUAUCGACAAAGCUAGGGAUACCAUCAUGGGCUUUGACGACGUGGACCGACACUAG